GACAAUCGACGCCAUUUUCCGAUUUGCCAUUUUUAUAAACAAAGUGCUUGUGGACGGAUGCCGUGUCGCCGAGUCGUCGUGCGUGUUAUUUCACCCUACUGACGACCAUGUUCAACGCCGAAGUCUGGAAGCUGUGGGAAAGAAGCGGAAAAACCGAGUUCUUGAAACACUGCAAGGGACUUCUGAAGGACGAACAGCAGAGUCCACUGUUUGGGAAGGGCGAGCGCAAGAAUGGCAUCUCCCGAGCAAUCUACGAGCUCGUCUCGCGGGGCAUCCACGGGCAGGUGAAGAAGGAGAGCGUGCUGCAGAUGCUCGGAGAGCUGGUGAGCCUACACAGUGACGUGCCGUCGAUACUGUUGGACGUGUUCGGGAUAUUCGACGCGGAAACGGCAACCGCGGGCUCGGGCGACGGUGCGCCGCCGAGCGAGGAGCGGACCAAUUUUUGCUACAUCGCCAAGGAAUCGGAACGGUUCGUGUCGGAGAAGCUGCUCAAGGAGCGGCUCGAGAUCGACACGCUGCAGGAUGUGGGCACAAUCAAGAAUCGUAGCUUUUACACACGGUUUAUCAAAGUGAAAACGAAGCUCUACUACAAACAGCGCCGGUUUAAUCUGUUUCGCGAGGAAAGCGAAGGGUACGCCAAGCUGAUGACGGAGCUGAACCAGGAGUUCAAUCAGGAAACGAUGACGGUACAGAACGUGCUGGAAAUCAUCAAAUCCCUCAUCGGCUGCUUCAAUCUCGAUCCGAACCGCGUGCUCGACAUCAUACUGGAGUCGUUCGAGGCGCGGCCCGAGCAGGAUCGCAUCUUUAUUCCACUGCUGCAGGCGUACAUCAACGACGGUAACAUCAUCUGCGAGGUGCUCGGGUACAAGUAUCGAUACUUUGCGGACGCGCAGACGCCGGGGUCACUGUUUAAGGUCACCGCACUGCUGCUCCAGCACGGUGUCAUCAAGCUGGACGAUAUUUACGCUUGGUUAAAUCCACCGGACAAAUCGAUCGUGGCGGACUGGGAGGCGGAAAUCGCGCAGGCGAAGGAGUACGUGCGCAAGCUGAACGUUAUCCUCACGAACAAGGACAAGGAGCCGGAGCAGGAGCCCGAGUUCGAGACGGCGCCGGAAAAGUACGCCCUCAACCAGAAGUGGGGCCUGUGCGAGGCGCUGCUUACGAUCGGCGACUGGAACACGGCCCAGCAGCUGAUCCGCAAGCUGCCGGACCAGUCGGUCAUGGUGCACGAGCCGAUCGCGCGGGCCCUCUGCCGGCUGCUGCACAUGAUCAUCGAGCCGGUGUACCGGCUCAAGUGUGCGCUGCCGGCCAACAUCAAGGGGCGCGCCAUCUCGAUGUACGGCGUGCUGAACAAACUGGCCCCACCGCCGGUCACCUCGCUGACCAAGCUGCGGCUGCACGCGUUCCCGAUGUUUGUUGCGCUCGGCCCUUCGCUGCACUACGAUUCCGUGCUGCUGUACAAACUGUUGCGCCUGAUGCGCGUCAUACUGACCGAUAUGAAUGUGGAUCCGCUGAAUCCACCCAGCCCGGGAGCGGGGAGUACGCUGACGGAGCACGAGCAGCUGUACUACGACAUCCUGUCGCUGUUGGAUGCGGCCGUGCUGCCGUCGCUCGCGUACAUGGACUGCAACUGCUGCGUGGCGGAGGAGAUUUGGUCGAUCGUGAAGCUGUACCCGUACCAGUAUCGGUACAGCUUGUACGCGCGCUGGAAGAACGAUACGUUUCAGCUGCAGCCGCAGCUGAUACACCGGCGCGGCACGGCGCAGAAGCAGAUCAAAGCGCUGAUGAAGCGGGUCAGCAAGGAGAACAGCAAACCGGUGGGCAGGCUGAUCGGCAAGCUGAGCCACUGUUCGCCGGGCUUUCUGUUUGAAUAUAUUCUACUGCAAAUACAGAUCUAUGACAAUCUGAUUGCGCCGGUCGUGGAUUCGCUCAAGUAUCUCACCUCGCUCUCGUACGACGUGCUCGGGUACUGUCUGAUCGAGGCGCUCGAGCAGGUCGACCGGAAUCCGAUGCAGAACGAUGGCACCAGCAUCUCGCUGUGGCUGCAAAGCUUGGCCAACUUCUGCGGUGCGAUCUACAAGAAGUACAACAUCGAGCUGAGCGGGCUGCUGCAGUACGUGGCGAACCAGCUCAAGUCCCACAAAAGCCUGGACCUGCUCAUCCUGAAGGAGGUGGUACAGAAGAUGGCCGGCAUCGAGGCGGCGGAAGAGAUGACGAACGAGCAGCUGCAGGCCAUGUGCGGCGGGGAGCUGUUGCGCGGCGAGGCCGGCUACUUUAGCCAGGUGCGCAACACGAAAAAGUCGUCGCAGCGGCUGAAGGAGGCGCUGGCGAGCAACGAUCUGGCGGUGGCGCUGUGUUUGCUGAUUGCGCAGCAAAAGCACUGCGUGAUUUACCGCGAGACGGCCCAGAGCCAUCUGAAGCUGGUGGGCAAGCUGUACGACCAGUGCCAGGACACGCUGGUACAGUUUGGGACGUUUCUCGGGUCGACCUACUCGGUGGAGGAGUACGUGGAGCGGUUACCGACCAUACACAACAUGCUGCAGAAGUAUCACAUACACUCGGAUGUGGCGUUUUUCCUCGCGCGUCCCAUGUUUUCGCACGCAAUCAAUCAAAAGUACGACCAGCUGCGUAAGGCGGAACCGAACGGGAAGAAGCUUUCCACCUCGCAAAAGAUGGCCAAAUACCUCGAGGCAACGGCCCACGUGAUGAAUCCGGUAAUCGAGUCGGUGCGACCGCUGCAUCCGCCCAAAAUUUGGGAAGACAUCAGUCCCCAGUUCCUGGUCAGCUUCUGGUCGCUGUCGAUGUACGAUCUGCAGGUACCGAUGGAGAGCUAUCAGCGGGAAAUUAGCAAGCUGAAGCAACUCUCGAUGGCGGUGAUGGAGUCGAAGGAGCAGAACGCUUCAAAGAACAAGAAGGAGCAGGAACGGUACGUGGCGCUGAUGGACAAGCUGCAGGACGAGCGGAAGAAGCAGCAGGAGCACGUGGACAAGAUCAUGCACCGGCUGACGAACGAGAAGGACUACUGGUUCCUGUCGCGGUCGGCCAAAUCGGCCAAAAACGAAACCAUCACACAGUUCUUGCAGCUGUGUUUGUUUCCGCGCUGCACGUUCACUGCGCUGGAUGCGAUCUACUGUGCAAAGUUUGUGCACACCAUCCACAAUCUAAAGACGGCCAACUUUUCCACGCUGCUCUGUUACGAUCGGAUAUUCUGCGAUAUUACCUACUCCGUCACUUCCUGCACCGAGAACGAGGCCACCCGGUACGGACGGUUCCUGUGCGCGAUGCUCGAGACGGUGAUGCGCUGGCACUCGGACGAGGCGACGUUCAACAAGGAGUGCGCCAACUAUCCCGGCUUCGUGACCAAGUUCCGCGUCAGCAAUCAGUACUCGGAAGCGAUCGAUCACGUGAACUACGAGAACUAUCGGCACGUGUGCCACAAGUGGCACUACAAGAUCACGAAGGCGAUGGUGUUCUGUCUGGACUCGAAGGACUACAUGCAGAUCCGCAACUCGCUCAUCAUACUGAUGCGCAUACUGCCCCACUUCCCCGUGCUGACCAAGCUGUCCCAGAUCCUGGAGAAGAAAGUGGAGAAGGUACGCGAGGAGGAGAAGAACCAGCGGCAGGAUCUGUUCGUACUGGCAUCGAGCUACAUCGGGCAGCUGAAGGCAAAGGCGAGCCAGAUGAUGCUGGAAUCCGAUUUCCAUCAGGUGCCGGAGAAGACGUUUAAAUCGGCAGCGGCCACUACAGCGACAGCAACGGUCGCGAGCGAUCAGCAGCAGCAGCAGCAGGGAGCAAAGGCGUCAGUUAAUGGUAGCGAUGUGAAAGCAGGACAAAGUACAAGGCAAACCAGUGGAACAGGAGGCGGAGGAGGAGGAGGAGGCUCGAGCAAUUCAGGAUCAUCGAUCGGGAACGGUACCACGGGUGGAAAUGCGGUCUCAUCCUCAUCGUCCGGCUCGGUGGGCUCAAACGCGAACGGUAGCCUCGGUGCGGGAAGCGAGCGCGGAGCAGACGCGAUAAAGAAGGAACCAUCAUCAUCGUCCGGUUCGCGCGACACUGCCAGCUCCUCGUCAACGAACCGGGAGUCGUCCGUUUCGACGUCGCGCGAAAAAUCCUCCAAAGAGAUCAAGCGCGAGGAGCGUGCGCGGGAGAAGGAACGGGAGCGGGAGGAAGCGGCAGCUGCCGCCGCAGCACUCGCGUCGGAUCGUAAGCGGGAGAAGGAAAAGCGGCGCGAUAAGCGAGACCAUUACGAGCACGAGCGUGAAUCGAGGGCCAGCACACGGGACCUACCGCCAAGGGAUCGCAGCGAACGGGACCUGAGCUCGGUGUCCAAUUCCAGCAACGAACAGCAGCACAGCAGCAGCACCCGACGCCCACCGGAGCACGAUAGAGAGAUGAAACGCCGCAAGCUAGAAGGCUCUAGCUCCUCGAAGAGCAAGCACAAUGAGGGUGCCAGCUCCAGCAGCUCCAAUCAGCAGCUACUGUCCGAGUCGAAGAAGGAGCGCAGCAGCAAAACGAAGGACAAGCGCGACAAGACUGACGAGGAGAAGGAACUGCGCAAGGAGCGCAAGCUGGGCCGAAAGCGGCAGGAUCGCAAUUCCGAGGAUACGCUGCUGGCGGACAAACGGCUCCGCCGGGAGGAGGAAAAAUCGAGCAGCAAGCUGCUCUCCCACCAGAACGGUGACAACGAUCGCGAUCUGCGGCACCUAUCGCCGAUAUCGUCCUCGCACCGGGAAAAGCACCACCAUCAUCAUCUCGGCAUGGCUCCGUGUUCGCCCUCCUAUAAUCCAUCGUCGCCAUCAAACUGUCGUUCGCCCGCCUAUCAUCCAUCGUCGCCACCCUACUGUGCCGACGAUUAUCGCGAACGGUCACACGAUCGCGGGCUGGAUCGGGGCGAGAAGCAGUACUUUACGAAGACUUCCCGUACCCGCUCGGGCCAUUAAGAGAAUUAGAGACAAAGGUAAAGAGAGAGAGAGAGAGAGAGAAAGAGAGAGAGAGAGAGAAAGAGAGAGAGAGAGAGAGAGAGAGAGAGAGAGAGUUGUUAGUUGAUUGUAAAAACAAACUCCACAGCGAGUAAAAUGAGGAAAAUAACUAUUUUUAAAGAAUAGAAAACAUAAUAGCGAUCACACACGGACACACACACAUACACAAAUAGACGUAAUCAGAUACACACAGGUACACGGUAAUGAGUCCUUUACAGUGGACCCUAUUUUGGGAUCUCUUCUUCAGCUCUUGUUCUGUGUUGUGUGGUUGUGGCUGUAGGUUUAGUACAUUGUAUUACAAAGGACACACAAUUUCCCUUUAUUUCCCUUUCCUCCCCUUUUUGCUCUUGAUUUUUUGCUGAAGCAUUUUGUUGAUUUUGAUGCCACGAUCCGACACGACAGGAAUUACACGUUCCGAUUUACAGCCGGGACAAGAUUUACAACCUAUACAGUUCAGCUACAGUGUUCAUGUGCAUUCGGAUGUUUAGGAGAGCGUGGGUAGUGCUCAGUUAGGUUAAGCCAGAUAGCUACUAGAUAGCGCAAAAAUUACACCGAUUAUGAAGAGAAAAAGAGAGAGAGAGAGGGGAAUAAACUCAAACCUCUCUACGUAUUUGAAUUGAUCCUCAGCCGUGCUUUUAAUUAUUGGUCGAUCGCCACGUGCUGUAUAAGCGCGUGUGUAAUCUGUUCAGGGAAGAACUAUUACCAGUCUUUACCUCCUGAGUUGUGUAAACUUUAGCAACUCCAGUUUGUUACGAAUACACACAUACACUACACACCAACACAGAGAGAAGUAAUCACGGAAAGGAAAUCUGUAUAGUUUAAGCCCUAGCCGAUAUAACGAUGUCAGAAAUCGGAACGUUAGAACUUAAAAAAACAAAUAAAACCCAUAAACCACGGGAGGGAGCUCUUGUAUUAGCGUAAA